AUAUUGCUGUGUUUAUUAAUAAGGGUAAAUGUGUAGUCUGUGUGACUAACAUUAAAUAUUUUUUAUACAUUAGAAUUUUUUUUCUAGCGUUUUCUACAAGAUUAGGCAAAGCCGGAGUUGCAAUCCCCAAAAUCCCCAGUCAAAACGGAAAUAACGCGACUGUUACCACGUGACCCAAAGAAAGAUGGAGCUGGAGCUCGUGCACCUUGCCUCUUCAGCUUAACUCUCAUACAGACAACGAGCAGUCACGAAAACACAAAGUGUCCCUGACGAUAUGGAUGAGAAACCAUGAACAUUAUUUUCAGAGCUCCAUUAUUUUGUCCUCCAUCUCAUCAUCAGAUGGACUUUUAUCCUUGCACAUCACCGGAUCACACUCGGUUCUGAUCGAGAUUAGACCUGGAAAUCCGACUCUCACUUCACCUGGUCAAAAAAAUGGCAACUCGGAGAUCCUGGGAUACAGAUCGUGUAGAGCAUACUCGGGUUUAGACGAAAACAAAUGCUUGUCGACGUGUCUGAGUGUUUCAGCGUGGUAGCACACACCCUUAUGCAUACACACACGCACACACACAUACUCACACACACACAGACAGAGAGGGGAAAAGCUGCUGAGCUCGCUGUACUUGAUGCCCUUCUGUACUGCACAUUGUCCUGAAACACGCACGCGGAUUUAUCUGUAGAUGUGCGGUAAAGACCUGAGAUAUUAAAAGAAGAAGAUCCGGUUUUUGACGCAAAGAAGGUUACAAAAUCAUGGCACCAAGUCCUGUCAUUCAAGCCAUCAUUGAUUUAUCAGCCGGAGCCUGUGGUGGUAUAGCAUGUGUGCUGUGUGGCCAGCCAUUUGAUACCGCCAAGGUGAAGAUGCAGACGUUUCCCGCGAUGUACCGUGGCUUUGUGCACUGCUUUGUGUCCAUCUCAAAGCAGGUGGGGUUACGUGGUCUAUAUCAUGGCACUACCCCAGCUCUGAUGGCCAACAUCGCUGAGAAUGCGGUUCUCUUCAUGAGCUACGGCUUCUGCCAGGAUGUUGUGCGCUUUGUGGUCGGCCUGGACAGAGGAGCAGAGCUCAGUGAUGUUCAGAAGGCUUGCUCUGGCUCUGUGGCCUCCAUCUUCUCCUCACUGGCUUUGUGUCCUACUGAACUAGUGAAGUGUCGUCUGCAGGCUAUGCAUGAAAUGGAGGCGUCAGGCAAGAUCGCUGGUGGACAGAAGAGCACCGUGUGGUCUGUGGUUAGGCAUGUGUUAAAGACAAACGGUCCUCUGGGUUUUUAUCAAGGCCUGUCCACUACUAUUGUACGUGAGAUUCCUGGCUAUUUCUGCUUCUUUGGAGGCUAUGAGCUGAGUCGUUCUGCUUUUGCCCACACUAUGGGCAGGAACAAAGAGGACAUAGGCAUCAUGCCGCUGAUGUUUAGCGGUGGGUUUGGAGGAGCCCUUCUCUGGUUAGUUGUCUAUCCAAUCGACUGUGUCAAAUCCCGCAUUCAAGUUAUGUCCCUGGCUGGGAAGCAAGAAGGGUUUAUAAAGACAUUCCUUGGCAUUGUCCGCAAUGAAGGAGUGCGGCCUCUGUACUCAGGUCUAACCCCAACUAUGAUCCGGACAUUCCCUGCUAACGGCGCACUCUUUCUGGCCUACGAACUUAGCCGCAAGAUGAUGAUGAAACAGUUUGAUGUGUGACACAAGGGUCCAUAAUUCAUUUUUAAACAUUCUCUGCUGUCUGCACGUUAGAGGUGCUUUUAUAAUUUAAAAGAUUAUUCCAAAUAUCUUGAAUACUGCCUAUUUUUCUUAUUUAUUUAUUUAAUGUUGGUGUGAACAGUAGUCUUAUGGGUUUAUAACCUCCACAUUAUCUAAUCUAUGUGACCUUUCGUCUGCCAGGUCAUUAAAUCUUUAUAUAAGAAAAUAUUUUCCUAGAAACACACAUUAUUUUUUUCCAUAGGGUAUUUUACCAUGUAACUUUAAUUUGCAUCCUGAACUGUGUGACAAACUGGAUGCCUUUUCUUUAUUUUUAUAGCCAUCUUUACAUUGUGUAAAGAAUUGUGUGUUCAUAUAAACAAUAUACUUUAAAGAAUAGAUUUUGGAGACAAUAUUUUUGCAGUGUAUGACCAUAUUAUAUCUAAAAUAGACGUGCAAAUGUAAAACAUACAUGCCAUUUACUGUUUUAAUGGAUUUUAAAGUAAUUGACUGACAAAUUAUAACCUGUUCUGUGACUAAACAUAGAAAUGUAUUGUAAUUUUAACAGAAACCUAUGUACUUAAAUGAUUAGCUCAAAGUGCUGUCAUUACGUUAGCCAGUUAGACUACUAGGUGCACAGCAAGACUUAUUCAAAACACAAUGAAUAAGGGUGUGUCACAUUUUAAAACCAUCUUUUCAAUCACAGUGAACACAAUAAGAAGUGAUAUUUUUGUAUUAUAGACUUUUCCAGGAAACUUGUCCAACACUGUCCUGGAUACUCUACCUCCACAAAUUGGACAAGUCUUCCUGUGCCAGUAGUUUUUGUGGAUUUUAGUGCAGAAAUUUGGGCUGGGUUUUUGUGUUUGUGUUUCUACUCCAGACUUGAGGUUUUCACUCUUUUUGGCAUUUGGAAGAGCAGUGUUAAGGAGUCCACUCAGCUGACUGAACAAGAAAAACUUUACUUUAUAUCUCUAACAUUUCCAUUCCAGUAGAGUUUGUGUCUAUGGUGAGCAGCGUUGUGGCUCCCGACACACCCAGCUUCUGAGGUAGCAGUGGACGUCUAAUUCACCAGUAGCACAAUGGUUCUUAAGAGACCUGGAGUUAUAUUGUGAACAUAGACAAUAACAAAUAACAAUUGUACUGUACGUAGACUACUUUUCAUUUUACAGAGUUACAACUGUACAGAGAAGUACCAUGUUGGCAGUUUACAAAUCAAAUGAAUAUGAGUUCACUAAUUAAAAUGUCUUUAGUUUUUUAGUUCGUGAACAUCAAUACAAGAGAAUAUAAAAUAUAAAUGUUUAUCUUGUAAAUUGCUGUGCAUUUUUUUUUGUGGGGAGGGGGGGCACUUUUGAACUGUAACCACAAGCUGAUUUUUUUGUUUGUUUGUUUAGAGGUUAGAUAUUAAAUGGCUAGAAUACAUUAGAAGUCUAUAAUUAGUCAUAUCUUUAUAAAACACUAAUGUCCAUAUUCAAAAAAAGUGCAAAAAAAUACAUAAGGCCAGCUUUACCCAAAUGCACAUUCCAUAUUUUAAAUCAUCAUUUAAACAUACCAUAAAUAGUAAUAUCUUUAUAGUAAGCUCCUCAUGUAAGUAAAUCUGAUUGGAUUUUGAAGUACUACUACUACUACUACUACUACUACUAAUAAUAAUAAUAAUUAUAAAAACACAUUUAGUAAGCUAAAAGUCCCAUGAACUAUGAACAGGCUAAUUUAAACAAAUAUAUAUUUUAACCUGGAUUUAAAAUCACCAACGGAGCUGUUGUUUGUCAUGUUCUCUGUGAUAUACAGUGAGUGAUCCUCGGGAUUAACAGCAGAUCUGCCUCAGCUAUGCAAAGUACUGGGGAGGGGCUACACUGCUUCAGGGGAUUUUACCAGUUUUACCAGUGUGUUUCUUAAAUAUUACUUAAAUUAUAAAUCAGCAUCUAAAUCUAACCUUUAGGUUGAAAUCUCCAACCUUAUUGAAUACCAAACAUCCAUAUUUUUGUUUUAAAAGAAUUUAAGAGAAGGAAGUUUCUAUUCAUUCAAGCCAACAGAAAAGAGCUUGUGUCGACCAGGUUGCACAGGAGGAGUGACACCAUGCUGAGUGUUGAUGGAACAACAAAGAGUUCCUGUGAGUACUAUAGAGGCAGAUCCUGGAGAACUGGUCCAGAAGCCAAAAUAGUGCACGCACCUGCUAAUUAUGUAAUGACAGGCAGGUCUGUUUCUCAACCUUUGAGGGUCCUAAGUGACAUCCUGCAUUCUUAGGGGCCCCCUGGUGGCCCCGUCUGGAUGCGGACACAGCAGAAUAUUUCAGCGGCCCAAACCGAGUGCUUGAAUAAAUACUGUAACUGAAUGUAGGGGGAAAAACUGGCUGUAGUUCAGUGAUCCCACGAACAAGCUCAGAUCUUAUCUGUUCUGGCAUUAGUCAUUGUUAGAGUCUUCUUAAUUUUCUUUGAAUUGUCUAUUUGAAUUAGAGCAGAAUAUUUGUCUGGUUAUUGAGGUGGUGAAAUUUCCAUUUACCUUGUCAAUUCUUUGAGCUGAAUACCUACCUCUAGUGUUGCAUACUGGUCACUGCACCUAGACAACACCUGUAGGGUCCUGCUUAAAGGGAUUUAGUAGUCAGUCUAGGAUGUCUGUCAGUAAACACACAAACCGUUUUUCACCCACAUGGUGGUAGGUUACCUUGUUCAUUUUAUUCCUUGGAAAUAAAUGGAGCAUACUUACCUAAGCGUGUUGACUGGAUACUGGCUGGCACAGUCAUUAUUCAUUAGUCCAAAGUGCUCAUGUGAAGCUCCACUACAAACCCAAACAUAAAUAAAUCAUAAAUUUCAAUAUGAAAUGUCCAGCAGAGUGCUAGUCCAUUCUCUUACAGCCCAAGAGUGUACAAAUGAAUGCUCAUUAUGAAUAGUCAGGGUUUACCAAAACAUAAGAAACAGAAAUGGUAAAAGAAUGUAUGGGGGACGUUGUCAACUUCAAAGACAAAAUAGAAACAAAUCCCACUCUCAGCUACCACAGUUACUAAUAUUAACUUCUAAUAUUUUUAAUAUUAAUAAUAUUUUUUAAAUGAAAAAUAACCCUACAAUGCUCUUUUGUUUAUAAUGUUUUAUGGAGCAGUAAGUGCACUGCAUUUAUUUUUUUUAUACGAGGAUGGUUUAUGAUGGUUAACAUUGUUGAAAGGCUGAUAUCAAUUGUGGAGUCUACCCCAUCUGCUCUAUUGUUUAAGAUUGUUUAAGGUCCAAUUGCAUACUCACUGCCCCACUUAGCUCUACAGAGAGGUAAUAAUGGCCCAUGCUUGGGGAGGAGCAAUGGACAGGACAGCUGCUAGGCUUGUGCAAUAUUGAUUUUUCCCUGUUUACACUUUUCCAUUUUAAAAUAUCACGAUAAACUAUUUAAUCAUCCAGAAAAGUUAGCCUAAAUGAACAAAUAACAGGAAAACGAGCAUUUCCACCAUAUCUGGUGUAAGGAGAGAAUGGGAGGCAGAAUAAUAUUACCAGCUGUGCAGUCAGGAACUGUGGCAAUCACAAAAAAAUCAGCUGGAUGGUGAUUCUGCAGUGAUGCCUAGUGAACAGUUAAGAAAAACACAUUUCACAAUAUCACAUUUCAAUAUAAGCAUUUUAAAAAAAUCAGUUGUCUCAUGUCUGACAUUUUCUUUGUUGAUGCAGGAGAGAGCAGCAGAGUACCAGUCAAAAUCUUUUUCUAAUUAUCACCACCAUUCACAUGAUUUGUAAAGUGUUAAAUUUGACACUUCAUUGUUGCAUAUUUAAUCUCUUUUGCUCAAAAUCUUCAUUUGUUUUUUUUACAUUUGGCAGGUCUGGUAAUAUAAACAUCACUGGUAAACAUCACUGGAUAUAAUGGCAACAUAAUAUCUUGUAGGGACGAUAAUAUCAUUGUAUCUCACAAGCCUAGUGGCUGCCAAGAUGUUGUUUUAUAUCAAAUAAUCAUAACUAAUCUAAUAAAUUUCCACAAAAAGGCAACAUGUAAGUGUAGCCAGUGUGUCUAUGAUAUACAGAACUAUUUCUAUUGGUCGAGGGAAUGGGGGAUUAU